AUGGCCAAUACAAUGGCGCCUUUUCCCCGGAUCUUCUUCCGCUACGUUGAGCCCAUGAUGAUCACUUUCGGCAGUGUCAAUCUCAUGUUCAGUGGUGCUGCUGGAGCCUCAACAUAUCUCUCACAAUCACCUCACCCAACAAUGGCAACCGAGCACUUCUUGGCCUUGCAAGGAGGCAACAUGAUGCUUUUGGCCGCCAUGCUCCUCAUCACCGUCAUGUGGACAAGCAAUGAAAUCAAGACCAUCAGAUUUACAAUUAUGGCUCUUGCGAUAUCCGACAUCCCACACUGGAUCUUCGGGCUUUGGUGUUUGGGACCGCUUGCUUUUGAGCCAAGCAGCUGGAGCACUGAGAUGAUGGGCUAUAUGGGAGUACCUGCUGUGACUUUCUUGAUCAAGGUUGCAUAUUUGCUGGGAUGGUUGGGUAACGAUCAAGUUACCGAGAAGGUCAAGAAGGAGCUGUAG